GUCGCUGCUAGAGAAUAGGUUGUUUCCGAAACCCAGGUCGGAGAGAGCUGGUGGUGACUUGAGACUCCGAAGAGAUGACCAGCCUUAAGUCCAGCCAGUACCUGGGAGUGAAGGUGCAGUCGGAACUUGAACAGCCCUCUGAACUGCGGCGGGAACUGGAGAAGGAUCUCAGUUCAGCGGAUGGAUCGGCCAUGAUGGGAACAGGUGUGCGGACCGAUUCGGCUACACUGGGCUCGGCUUCUAUGGAAGCAGAAGAUGAUCCUGGAGCCAACUUGUUCCCGCCGCCACUGCCCCAGCCCAGGAUCUGCAUGUGGAAAUUCCUGGACAUCCAUUGCAUGCACCGGCUGGAGAAGACUGACAACAUUGAGGAGAUGAGGGAAGUUCUGGCUGAGCUGUUGAAGAUUGGCUGUCCUGAGCAGAACCUGCAGGAUGCCAUCACCCUGGACCUUUACUCCCAUGCGCUCAUCUUCUGCCGCCAGCAGGGCUUCUCACUGGAGCAGACAUCAGUGGCAUGUGCCCUGCUCCAAGAUCUUCACAAGGCCUGUGCUGCAACACCCUUGGGCAACGUGGAGGAAUGCUACCGCUACUUUACCAGUGUUCUUUUCUGCCAUGGAGUCAGGCGGCCCCCAUUCAGCAUUGACCUCUUUAAGGAGGAACAGCUGCUGGCCCUGGCAGACUACGUGGUCAACACCUACUUCCGCCACUUCAAACUCUACAAAUAUGUGUUCACACCCCAGGUACGGCUGGAUCUAUCUUUGACUUACAUGGGGCUACAGCCACCCAAGCCCCGGCCAAAGGGUAAGAUGGAGAAAGAAGGUGAGGAGGCAGAGGAGCAGGCACUCACCCCACAGGAGGAAGAACUGGAGAUAAUGGCCCAGCCAGAGCAAGAGCCAUCCCAAGUCUGUGUCCUCCGAACCUACAUCAAGACCCAACUUAAUAAGGAGCUGGGGCAGCUCCAGCAGCUGGUGGAAGAGCGCCUCAAGGCCAGUGAGGAGAGGCUGAGCACCAAGUUGAGUGCUCUAGAGCGGCCUCACCAGCUACCUCCAAGCAAAAACAAGAACAAGACUAAGUGAUCUCCAACAUUUUCCCCAAUAAAAGCCUGGGCCAGAGUGCCCCGUCCUGGGCU